AGCCCCGGCCAUGGCUCUGUAGCUGCGAACCCUCCGUGCCCCCCGCCCGUCUCCGCGCUCACCGCGCCUGCGCUCUUCGCUCCUGCCUUCUUUAUUCAGCCGAGGCCGCCGCUGCCUCUCCUUUCCACAGCCAUGGAGUCCUCCACUUUCACCUUGGUGCCUGUCUUCGGCCAACUGAGCGACCUCCAGAGCCUCCUUUCACUUGUUGGUGCAGCUUCCUUCAUUGCCAUUGGUUCCCAGCGCCUGUGCUGCAGCCAUGUCACUCCUGGCCACCCUGGGGCUGGAGCUGGACAGGGCCCUGCUCCCAGCUAGCGGGCUGAGCUGGCUCCUAGACUAUGGGAAACUCCCCCUGGCCCCUGCCCCCCUGGGCCCCUAUGAGGUCCUUGGGGGAGCCCUGGAGGGCGGGCUUCCAGGGGGGGGAGAGCCCCUGGCAGGUGAUGGCUUCUCUGAUUGGAUGACUGAACGGGUGGACUUUACAGCCCUUCUCCCUCUGGAGCCCCCCUUACCCUCAGGUGCCCUUCCCCCACCUUCCCCACCCUCCCCUGACCUGGAAGCCAUGGCCUCGCUCCUCAAGAAGGAGCUGGAGCAGAUGGAAGACUUCUUCCUUGAUGCCCCACUCCUCCCACCAUCCUCCCCACCACCACAGCCACCACCACAAGCGGCACCCUCCCUCCCUGUCCCCCUACCCCCCACCUUUGACCUCCACCAGCCCCCUGCCCUGGACACCCUAGACUUGCUGGCCAUCUACUGCCGCAGUGAGGCUGGGCAGGGGGAUUCGGGUUUGGCUCCCAUGCCCCCACCACAGCAGCGCCCUCCUCUACCUCAAACCUCUCGCCCAGCCCCCUACCCCAGUCCUGCCAUCACUCGAGGGGACCGCAAGCAAAAGAAGAGAGACCAGAACAAGUCAGCUGCUUUGAGGUACAGACAGAGGAAGCGGGCAGAGGGUGAGGCCCUGGAGGGCGAGUGUCAGGGGCUGGAGGCACGGAACCGGGAGCUGAGGGAGAGGGCUGAGUCUGUGGAGCGGGAGAUCCAAUAUGUCAAGGACCUGCUCAUCGAAGUGUACAAGGCUCGAAGCCAGAGGACCCGCAAGAGCUAGGAGACAGGCAGGGCUUCGGGCGGUAGGGGGCACUGGUCUCCGGCUCUGGCUCACUUCUGUUUCUGGGGCUGAGAUGGGAGGGUCCCCCCAUCAUCCCUCUGCCUCUAGCUUCUUUCCAAAGCCCCCCCUUCUCUCUCUCUCUCCUUUUAUCCUUGUCUCCUUUCUUGUCCAUUUCUUGUCCAUGUUGCUCCCCUUCUCCUCAGAAUCAUGGAUCAUUUGGCCUUAGUCAACACCUACACUUUUCAAGUGACAGCUGAGAGACUGAGGCCCCCGGGAGUUCAGGGAGCAGGGGAGAGCUUGGAAACCAGCUCUCGAACGGGGCUGUGAGGCCAGAAAGCUGUGCAGAAUGACUGUAAAUGAGCACAGGAGAGCCGUCUAGGGAAUAAGUCAGAGAGGGUUUUAAGAAUGGCACCCAUAUAAUAACAUAAGCAGAACAAGCAAGCGAGCUGACCUUGGGAAACUACAUUUGGGCAGGGAGCCAAAAGGUAGGCAAGUUUGAAGAGCUGGUGGCUCUGGAGGCAGAUGGGGAGCUGGGCAGAGUGGGUGUGGCCAUAGUUGGUGAGUGGGUGUUCACUUUAGCUCUGGGAGGAAAUCAGUGUUUUGUGAAGGUGUUGGGGCAGGGGCUGCAUCUAGGUGAGAGAGGGCGGGAGCGAUCCUUUUGGGGGUUGUGGUGGAAAUAAAAUAAAUAAC